UUGCGUAGGCCUGGGCAGAGAUGGCGGCGGUGCUGGGGAAAGCGGCGGCAGCGGGCAGAGCACGGCGCCGCCUGCUGCUGGGGCUGCUGCGACGGGGCUGCGCUGGGGUCGCGGUGGAUGACACCGUCAAUGGGCUGAGCGAGGAGCAGCGGCAGCUUAGACAGACAAUGGUCAAGUUCUGUCAGGAGCAUUUGGCUCCAAAGGCCCAAGAAAUCGACCAGGAGAAUGAGUUUAAGGGCAUGCAGGAGUUCUGGAAGAGGCUCGGGGAGCUGGGAGUUCUGGGAAUUACAACUCCUGUGGAAUAUGGUGGAUCUGGAAUGGGGUAUCUGGACCAUGUGUUAGUGAUGGAGGAAAUCUCUCGAGUUUCAGCAGCUGUUGGACUCAGUUAUGGUGCCCAUUCAAACCUUUGUAUUAACCAGUUAGUACGGAAUGGCAAUGAAGCACAGAAAGAGAAAUACCUACCCAAGCUAAUCAACGGGGAGCACAUUGGAGCCCUGGCAAUGAGCGAAUCAAACGCUGGUUCUGACGUUGUCUCUAUGAAGCUCAAGGCAGACAGAAAAGGGGAUUACUUUGUUUUGAAUGGGAACAAGUUUUGGAUCACUAAUGGACCAGACGCUGAUGUUCUAAUAGUUUAUGCUAAAACCGAUCUCAGUGCUGUUCCAGCCUCCCGGGGUAUAACAGCAUUCAUCGUGGAGAAGGGUAUGCCUGGUUUCAGCACUGCUCAGAAGCUUGAUAAGCUGGGAAUGAGGGGGUCCAAUACCUGUGAAUUGAUCUUUGAGGACUGUAAGAUUCCUGCUGAGAAUGUCUUGGGGCAGCUGGGUAAAGGAGUCUACGUUCUGAUGAGUGGCUUGGAUCUGGAGAGACUCGUGCUGUCUGGUGGACCACUGGGAAUCAUGCAGGCUGUUCUUGACCAUGCUUUUCCAUACUUACACGUGAGAGAAGCAUUUGGACAGAAAAUCGGCCACUUCCAGCUCAUGCAGGGUAAAAUGGCAGAUAUGUACACACGGCUGAUGGCGUGUCGGCAGUAUGUGUACAAUGUGGCAAAGGCCUGUGACCAAGGACACUUCAAUGCAAAGGAUUGUGCAGGAGUGAUCCUGUAUUCGGCAGAAUGUGCUACACAAGUAGCUCUGGAUGGAAUUCAGUGUCUAGGUGGAAAUGGUUACAUCAAUGAUUAUCCUAUGGGUCGCUUCCUGCGUGAUGCUAAGUUGUAUGAGAUAGGGGCAGGAACCAGUGAGGUACGGAGACUUGUCAUUGGCCGGGCAUUUAAUGCCGCUUUUAAAUAACACCCACCAUUCAACGAGAAACAGUCUCAACACCAAGAAGCCUUUGAUCAUAGCGGUGGCCCACAAAACUUUUUUCUCAUAUCACGGUCACCUCUGGUUGAUGAUUAUCCAUUUGAUGAACAAAUGUUGCUAGGUUUAACUGGGCUCUGCUGACCGAAUGAAUUGGGCAGGAGAACAGAAGUAAACGUGUUCAUGUGAUCAGCCUGAAUUGUUCCUUCAUCAUACUCAGCAGCCAUUUUGAUUCUAAAAUCUAAGAAGUUGAGGAUGAAGUUUUUGCCAGGGGUAUAUGACAGUCAAAGCAGGAUGUUUCUUGCAUGGUGAACUGUUGAAUCGGAAAAAACAGUUACUGAGCAUUAUAGAUCAAUCGAGAGGGAAUGGACAUUGGAUCAAUCCAGAAAGAAUGGACAAUGGGAAUGGAAUUUUAUCAUCUUUAAAAAUUUAGAGUGCCAUGAACAAGUAGCAUUUUUAACAUGCUGCUGCUGGAAGAUGGUAAUUUCCCAAUGCGACAUUCCACCAGUAUGUUAACCUCCUGGUGCCAUCCAGUUAACAAUUUCAGCUUUGGGAAUCCAAAUGCCAGCUAACUUUGUGGUAGAUACUGUCUGCUGUUAACAUCAAAGGAGUUAAGCUACACAAGCAAUACUGUAAAAAAAUGUUGCCUAAAACCCUGUCAAGAUGUUACGUAUUUUUCUUUGCCCAUUGCCUUUCCUAUCCCUGCUGCUUACCAAGAUAUUUGAAUGUAAUCUGAAGUCUUCACUCUUCUGAUUGGCUGCCUCCUGCUGUCUGAUUCAUUUGUUGAUGUCACUAUCCGUCAUUCUGGAAGCUUUUAAAAUGUCAAACCCUGUAUUGUGGCAUCCAUCAAUGAAUCAGGCAAGAGGAGGUUGACUUAUUUUAAAGGGUUCUCUGUUGGCGAGCAUGUGCACUUGCACUCCUAAAUUUAAUUGGCCAUAAGGAGAAAGAAAGUCUAAUGAGAAAAUUUGGGGCAGUUUUAAGGGGGGGGUUAGGGAAACAUUAUGUGGAGUAGUUUAAAUCUUGUGUGGUCUGUUUUUAAUAAGGAAUACAGCAGUGUGUAAUACAACUUCAAAGAGUGAAUUACAGGAAGAAAGUAAAUCUCUUGAAUAUAAUAGACCAAUGAAUUAAACAGCUGCCAUCUUGACCAUCUCAUGUAGGUUAAAAUACUGUAUUGUGUGCUGGCUUAGAAUCACCAUCUAGACAAACACUAAAUAUAUAGAGAAAAAUAAAUAAAACUACAAGCUAUAUUGUUUUUAAAGCAUCCAUUUAAUAAUCUAAACCAACAAUAUAAAAAGACACGAUAAGAAACGCCCAGACCCAACUAAAAUCCACCUUACUCGGUUUCCUCUGGGGAAAAAAACACCUGAUAGCUACAUAGGGCAUGCGGUAUGCACAGAAGGUCUUCUGGCCCAAGGGGAGAGGCAGCUCCCAGAGCCAUGGGUCUGCCCCUAGAAUGCCCAAUCCUCAGACUGGGGAUUGUCAUCUCAAGCAUCCCAACUGAGCUUUACUGCUCGGGAAAAGCCCACAGAGAGGUGAUCUCUGAGAUACCCUGGGCCCAAAGCACAAAGGGCUUUGAUCAAGGCUGACACCUUGGCUUGCACCUGAAUAUAAUUUGGAAUCCAGGGCAGACUUUGAAGCACAGGUGAAAUAUGCGUCACUUGUGAAACACCAAGUACAUUUAUGUACUGAAUAUAUGAGAAUGGAAAUGUAAUAUGUUCUCAUUUAUUUAGAUGAGAGAACGACAAGCUUUACCUCAGAAUAAUUAUGAAUGUCAUCCCCUCUCCUACAUUCAAACUGCAUUCACUGCUUUGUGACCAGUACCUCAAGAAAGACCUAAGGUGGGAUUUUUCAACACUGCCUAAAAUAUUUGGAUGUCCAUUUCCCAUUACAGUUUGUGGGAAUUGGGUAUCCAACUCCUGUAGCCAUCUUUGAAAAUCUCAACCCCCAGUCCCAUAAUGUAUCAAUAAAAUGGCAGCUCCUUAGAGAGAGCCAGUAGCAGCACUGAUGACAAUGAAGGGGCUGAGACCGUGCAUACUUUUUUAAAACAAUUGAAAAUUCAUUUUUUACUGAUCUGUUCUUUAGCUCUUUGAUAUGAGAAUGAAUUUCCUUGAGUUUUUCUUGAAGACUUGUUUAAAAGACAAAAACAAAACCCCACAUUGACACUGAAUCAUAGCUUUGUAAUCUGUCUUGGUCCAAAGGAAACCCACUGAAAUGAAUGAAUGUCAAAACAACCUCAGGAUCUUUCAAGUGACUAGAAUUGUUAAGAAUCCAUGUUCUGAGUCAGAAUGGAACCUAUAUACCAUGGCUUUUAAACCUGCCUCUAGCCCUGACAUUGCUUGUUUUAAUACAAAUAAUAAAUAACAUCCCACUUUCUGGGCUGAUCAGCACCUCAAAGUCAAGGCAAAAUGAAUCUGCGUCUAAUUCACCAUUGGAUAGAAUGGGAGUAGAGAUCCAUAAAUCUUAGGAAAGGUUACAUUAAUCAAAUUGCAUACACUUCCAUACAUCGCUGUGGUGAAUAUCGAGUGAUCUGUCUUGCAAAAAGCAUUGAUCAAGGGGCUCUUUCCACAUACUGAGCUGUUCUCACUGUGGUGAAUGACAGGGAAUCUCCUGGCUAAGUGGAGGAGGGUCUGUGAUUAGGGUUUUGUUUUAUAAUGUGUACAAUGCCAAUAAAGAUAUCGACUCUUAAACACA